AGGACAUCUUUGGACGUCCAGUGCAAGUACAUCCGAGCCUUGAGCUCGAGUAGCAUCGUAAGGAAGGAAGAACAGCUGGCCAGGCAGGCCCCUAUGUGAGAUGCUUUGUAUUUGCUAUAUACUCACCGUGGACGCGCUGACUAUCAUGUGACUAUCAGUACGAAUACUGCAGUCGCUUAGUCUCGUCUACGCACCUGUCAAACUCAAGUUCAACACCAUUCAUUACCCUUCUGGCUGAUAAGCAUCGAUUAUUGUAAUGUGGGAGCGCACGCUCCAGGAUCUUAUUCGUGGCCUGCGGGCUAACAAGAAUGAUGAAAGCAAGUUCAUUGGGCAGGCCAUGGACGAGAUCAGGCGUGAAAUCAAGAGCAAGGAUAUGGCGCUCAAGGCUGGUGCUGUCAUGAAACUUACAUAUCUGGAAAUGCUAGGAUAUGACAUGAGCUGGGCUUCCUUUCACAUCGUAGAAGUCAUGUCGUCUCCCAAGAUUCAUCUCAAGAGUGUAGGCUAUCUUGGUGCUGUCCAGUCGUUUAACGAGGAUACGGAUGUGUUGAUGUUAACUACCAAUUUGCUCAAGAAGGAUCUCAGUUCGACGCCUGCAGACGUUGCAGUCACUCUAAAUGGCGUUUCUUCCAUUAUGACCGCAGACCUCGCACGCGACCUCAGUCCUGACUUGGUUGGUAUGCUCAACCACUCCCGACCCCACAUACGCAAGAGAGCAGUUGCUGCUAUGUACAGAGUGUUCGACAAGUACCCUGAAGCUCUCCGUCAUGGUAUUGGCCGAUUGCAGGAAAAGCUGGAAGAUUCCGAUCCAGGUGUGGUUUGCGCAACUGUGAAUGUCUUGUGUGAGCUCGCCCGGAAGAACCCCCAAGACUACCUUCCGCUCGCCCCGCAACUAUUCCAUCUUCUAACCACGUCAUCUAACAACUGGAUGCUCAUCAAGAUCGUCAAAUUGUUUGGUUCUAUCUCGCCUUAUGAACCCCGGCUAGUGAAGAAACUGCAGCCACCAAUCACCGACCUGAUAUCCACGACGUCCGCGAUAUCCCUCCUAUACGAGUGUGUACAUACAUGUAUCAUCGGGAAUAUGCUGCAGGGCCCUACCGGUUACUCGCUUGCGCGAACGUGCGUAUCUAAACUCGCAGCCUUCAUUGAAGACCCAGAUCAGAACUUGAAGUACAUCGCCUUGCUCGCCAUGGUGAAGAUCGUACCCACGCACCCCCACUUGGUCGCAGAGCACCAAAAUACAAUCCUCUCAAGUGUCGAUGAUGAAGAUAUCAGCAUCCGUAUGCGUGCGCUAGAUCUUCUUUCAGCACUCGUCAAUCGAGACAAUCUCCAAUCGAUCGUGCAGCAGGUGCUGUCGCAUCUCGUCAAGCCUGAAUCCUCCGCCGUUCCUUCUGCAGUGCAAUCCCUGUCUCAGCAUAUUGUCCCCUCUACGCCUGCAAAGUCACUGAAUGCACCAUCUCAGUCCACCGCCUACCGUCUUGUCCUCUCACAAAGGAUCAUGACAAUGUGCUCUCAAAACACCUACGACAACGUUGCCGAUUUCGAAUGGUAUCUCUCAGUCCUGGUUGACCUCGCAUACGUAUCGAACGUCGACAUUGGCGUGCAAAUUCGCGACCAAUUAGUAGACGUUGUCGGACGCGUCAGAGCGGCUAGGAGCUACGCCGUUAAAUUGAUGGUGAAGGUAUUGUCUGAUGAUACAUUUUUGCUGCAUGCUGGUGAGCCGGGUAGUUGUUCCGAGGUACUAUGGGCAGCGGCUUGGAUAUGCGGGGAGUACUGCAGCGAACUUUCUGCGCCAGACGAACUUAUUCCAUAUCUGCUCCAGCCAGAGACUGCAUCUCUCAGCCCUGACAUCACCGCCGUGUGUAUUCAAUCCGCCACGAAACUCUUCGGAUACUGGGCUUCCGAAGCGGCAAAGCAGUGGACAGAGAGCUUCCUCGAGGACCUCAAGAGAGCUGUCGAUAUCAUGAUUGAACAGAUGGAACAAUUUGCAUCGAGCACGCAGAUCGAAGUCCAAGAACGCGCUGCGAACCUUCUUCAGUUGCUCACCUUCAUCAAGCGCGAUGUAGCAAUGUACAAACCAAAGCAGGAAACUGGUUUCUCAGAUCCGAGCGCAGCCGCCUUCGAUCCCGUUUCAGAACCCAGUUUCCCAAAGAGCCUUUACCUCAUCGAGCCGCUCUUCUCAUCGCACGAGCUCAAUCCUGUUGCAUCUAUCGCGCAAGCCAGCGUGCCAAUUCCUGACGGACUUGACCUGAACAUGUGGAUUGUGCCGUCGAUGCAAGAGCGUGUCGCGGAAGAGGGUGAUGACGGUGAAGUGACUGAGCGGAAGACCAAGAGAAGUAAGAAAGGGAAGGAGAAGGAGUCCGCAAGCAGGACAAAAGUCAAAGGCGGAAAGAAGAAGCAGAAGGAGGGGGGCUACCAGGAGGAGCUUGCGCCGCAAGAAGAGGAGACUCCAGAAGAGAAAGCUGAGCGAGAGAGGCUCAAGGCGGAGCGGCUAGAACGAAUGCGGGAUGACCCAUACUACAUCAUGGACGAUCAACCCAAGCCUCCUGCCGAAGAUGUCGAUUCAAUACCCGUUGUCCGACUAGACGGUCCCUUGCCACUGCCAAAAGAGGAACCUCGCCUUCCCGGUCUGAGAAGCAGCGCGUCAAUACGAUCCACGCCUCCACCAUUUGUCGUCGAAAGAGAAGGCGAAAUGCCUGCGGGCGUUGUUGUCACGCCGCGAUCGUCAACUCCCGUGCCAUUGCGGCGCCCAACUCCAAAUUCAUUUGACCUCACCGGGACGCCCCCGCCUUCCCUACCUUCUUUCCAAUCAUAUGAAGUUCCUGAUGACGAACUCCGCAUGAGCACUCCAGAACCCAUCAAAGUCACGCGUGCCAAGAAGAAGGGAACAGGCACAACGAAGAAGAAACGGACGGUGAAGCCAGAGACGAAGGCGGAUGACAAUGGCGCAGCAGUACAUUGAUAUCCCUUGGUGCUCCACGCCUCACAUCUAUACUAUGAAGAGCUAUAUGAUGUACGUGUGUGCGAGGAAUGCAACGACGAAGAGACAAGAACGCAUGUCAGUGGUACAGUAACCUUCUGCUAAUCAUCCUCUACUCGCCCCACGGAGCCCAUGGUCUCAUAAUCACACCUGGAAUGAUGGGCUUCAGUGUGGCUCGAGCUCGCUUCCUGUGUCGAUACUCGAGGGAAGAUGAUUGGCUCAGUCUGACGAUAGGACUCUGGAAUGUCAAAGCUUCAAGAAGACCUUC